AAUUACUUUGAGGUUACCCGAAAUGCUCCUCUUAUCGCUUCAUCUCGCGCCCAAGGCAGGCCCUUUGUUUUAGCCAGCCAGCCGAGCAGCACGUUGUUUGACCACAGAGCGCAUUGUUUUUUGUCCAGCUCUAAUUAGCCAACUUAUGUACGAUCUAGAGCUACCGUAUCAGAGGACGUACACGGUCUCUCUAGCGACGCCACGCAUUACCGACCUGGUGCAUCGAAGUUCAGGGCUGUGUGAGGCUGAUACCAGAUUGAGUUUACCUGGAUAAAGAACACCAUGUCCGAUUCCCGACGUCCGUUUGUGACCACAGAGCAGGUGAAGGACAUCCUGGUGUCUGUGUAUCACCACCAUCCGACAACAAUCACCGAACUGCCUUCGUUUAUGGACAGAAACUUCCUGGUGGAAUCAGCAACGCUUGACCGGUGCGUGUUGAAAGUGACCAACCCGGAUGAAUCCACUAACGACGGCAAGCUGAAGGCUCUGGUAGAUGUUGCCCUGGUACUGAAGAACAACGGAUUCCUAUGUCCAGUUCACUUGCCCAAUAUACAUGGCAAUAUGUUUACCAAAAGAGGAUUCCCUGUACCAUUACAAGACAGCCCCCAAGAAGACUGUUGUGUCCGUCUCCUCACCUAUCUGCCUGGAGAGCCCUUAGACAGUUGUCUUCCCCUGCAUCGCAAGGAGACCUACUUCAUGCUGGGAGUGCUGCUGGCCGAACUGCAUGACGUACUGAAGGAUUUCCCAACGUAUUGCCUGCAGGUAGAAAAGGAUAAUAGAUGGAUCGCAGAAAAUGCCGGAAUAUUGGAGAACUACCUGCUUACAACUCAGGAAGACGAUAUAAGGGACAUCGCGAGGAGCGUUCUUGAGGAUUUUCAGAGCAAUUUGUCGGCAAAACAUGGCUCCUUGCAAAAAGGAGUGAUUCAUGGCGAUCUCAACCUGGCCAACAUCAUCGUCAAGCCUCAGCUGCCUGGAUCCCAACUGGUUGAUUACAGGGAAGAUGGAAAACAGUUAUUUGGAAUAAUAGAUUUCAACGAAGUCUGCUACACAUACCGAGUGGCAGAUAUCGCACAGCUAAUAUUCGGUGCCAUGCAGAAAUCUAAAGCUGGCCAACAGGAAGUACUUCGGAUUGGUGGUCACGUGAUUUCCGGUUAUCUAUCCAUUCGGGCACUCGGUGCAAGUGACCUUGAGAUGUUGUAUGACUUUAUGCUAAUAUACAGCUGCCAGAUUGUUGUAUUUGGAGAACAUUCCAUUCGUCAACAGAAGAAUGGGAACACGUACAUCCAAGGUCUGGUGGAUGGAAGUAAGCGAUGGCUGAGGUUUCUCAAGUCUGUAUCACGGAAGUCUGUGUGUGGAGUAUGGAAUGAUAUCCUGGUGGAUUACGGAAUACAUUCCACACAUGCCAUUCAGAAUCGAUCUUCGGCCAAUGACGCAUAAUGGUUAUUUCCCGUUCUCUUUUCUUUUGUUGUGUGACACAUCGCUCAAGACCAGGAGAUACGAUGUAAAACAGCCUUUCCCUCUGCGUUUGCUCGACAUUUUGGGUUACAAGUUUUUAAGAAGAAUUUUGAAGAUAAUCAGUUGAUGGAUUUUAUUUCCGGACAACUUACGAACACGAGGUAUAUAAGUUGACCAAAUUUGAUGGUUAAAAGUCUGUAUUGUUGGCUUAAGAGGUGAGGUGAAAUUGGGUUUAACGUCGUGCUUGAGAAUAUUUCGCUCAUAUGACGACGUGCAUGCGUGUGUAUGUGUAUAUGCGGCUG